GACUGUCAGGAGCUGCUGCUGUUACAGCUACACUCAUACUCAUGUGUGCUCUUUCUGCUGUCAUUGUGUGAGGAUUGCAGCCUGCUGCUGGCGCUCUGAGUGGGGUUUGUCCCGGGCACUGCCACGAUGUUUCUGGUGUGUGUUGCUGUGUUUCUGACUGUCUGUGUGUAAACUCAGGGGCUCACUUUCUGGAAGGCGUCCUCCAGACCAGCCCCUGUGUCUCUAGAGUGCCAGGGUCUAUGACUGAUGCUAAACUUUCAGCACUGAGUUUCCCAGCCAAGCUCUAGCCUGGCUCUGACUAUGCCCACAUCAGGGUCUGUCCUUUUGUCUUAAGUUCUGCUCUCUCAUUCUACCAUCCUGUGCCUGAUGUUGUGGAUUUAAUGCUUUGUCUCAGCCAGUCCCUGAUGCAGUUGGUUUAGCUACAAGGGUCCCUUGGGCCCCCUCCCAGGUACUUGUGUUUAGUGUGUGUUCUGUACCUAGAGUGGGUUUACCUGUGUAGGUCCUGCUGGCUGACUCUAAAUUACCCCAGCCCUGUCUGUGUGUGUCUGUCCCUCUGUGUCUCUGCCUCAUGGACCAGUGUGUCUGCGUGGAACGGGAGCUGGAGAAAGUGCUGCACAAGUUCCUAAUGUAUGGCCAGCACUGCGACCGCAGCUUGGAGGAACUGGUACAAUAUGUCAGCAGCCUCCGACAGGAGUUAUCCAGUGCAGGUCGCCUCGAUGCCCAGUUGUCAGCAACACUGUUGCUGGUCAUGUCCCAGUGCUGUAAGAAGAUAAAGGACACAGUCCAGAAACUGGCCUCCGAUCACAAAGAUAUUCAUGGCAGUGUCUCCAAAGUGGGAAAGGCUAUCGACAGGAACUUCGACACUGAUGUGAGUGCUGUGGGCGUAGACGGUGUCUGGGAUUCCAGUGAGAAGCAGCAGUCCUUGAGUGAGGCUGUAGUCGAACAUUUGUACCGACAGGGGUUGUUAAAUGUUGCUGAAGAACUGUGCCAGGAAUCUGGAAUAUGUAUUGAUCUCAGUCAGAAGGAGCCUUUUCUGGAAUUGAACAGGAUUCUAGAGGCACUACGAAUGCGAGACUUAAGGCCAGCAUUGGAGUGGGCCAUGGCCAAACGGGAGAAGCUGUUGGCUUUGAACAGCACGCUGGAGUUCAAGUUGCACCGGUUGUAUUUCAUUAGCCUCCUGACCGGGGGGAUCAUCAACCAGAUUGAAGCCCUGGAGUACGCCAAGAACUUCCAACCGUUCGCCCAGCAACAUCAAGGAGACAUCCAGGUGUUGAUGGGGAGCCUGGUUUACCUGCGACAUGGCGUUGCAAACUCUCCGUACCUCCACCUGCUGGACUCCAACCAAUGGGCUGACAUCUGUGACAUAUUCACCCGGGAUGCCUGUACCCUCCUUGGUCUGUCAGUCGAAUCACCUCUCAGUGUCAGUUUUUCUGCUGGUUGCUUGGCGUUGCCUGUUCUGCUGAAUAUUAAAGCAGUGAUUGAGCAGCAGCAGUGUACAGAGAUAUGGAGCCAAAAGGAUGAGCUUCCAAUUGAGAUCGAGCUGGGGAAGAAAUGCUGGUACCACUCAGUCUUUGCCUGCCCCAUCCUUCGACAGCAAGCGACCGAAUCCAAUCCUCCCAUGAAGCUGAUCUGUGGACAUGUCAUCUCCAGAGACGCACUAAACAAACUGAUCAAUGGGGGAAAGUUAAAGUGCCCCUAUUGUCCAAUGGAACAAGCUCCUGCAGAUGCCAAACGGAUCUAUUUUUGAAGACUGGCUUUGUGCCCAGUGGAUAUUAUGCCUCUUGUUGGCGAUGGGCUGUAUUAGGGUGUGUCUGGGUUAGUACUGUCUUAUUGUGACCAGUCUCGGCAAGUAAAUGCUGUGAGUGUGAUUCGCCCUGGACUGCGCUGAUGUGGGCUUGGCGGGUGCUUUUUGGAUAGUUCCCCUCCAUCCCUCCCACGUCCACACAACCUCCCCCCCCCCCCCCCCCCCCCCCCCCCCGGCCCCCAACGAUCCCUUGUAAGACCUGCACUUUGUUUGCACUAAUAUGGUUAGUCAUGAACUCCUAUCUAACAACACCCCCCCCCCCCCCCCCCCCAACCUCAUUCCCCCUUCCCUCCUCCCUGUCCCCACACGUGCGCACGCAAAGUAAAGCCUGUAACCAGUGGUUUACUGACAAUUGCAGAACAGGUUUGCUGUCAGUUGAUGUUAUGAUCCCUGUGUUGAAAAGUCAUUCCACAGUAUACCAGAGAAACUCCAGUAUCUUCACAAGUUGUCUGUGCCUACACUGACACUGUUUACCAUUGCAGAGUUGAAUGGUGUGUAUUUUUAAUGAGUAAGAUUUAAUUGUUGCCAUUUGAGAAUGGCUGACCGAUUUCUGUUCUACUUUUCCCCAGUCUGGGAGCGAUAUAAUGCAGUGUCACUCAUUGGCAUUUCAAUGUGGUUUGUAGAUUCAAAGGCUCUUUGACAGUGUUAGCCUGAAGGUAGGGAUUGAGCUCCAAGUGGGGAAUGGGACAGUGUGGUUGGUCCAAACCUCGCAUUUCCCUGAAAUGGGGCACCAACAGGAGGGGAGAGAGCAACUGAAUAAAACAGUAUGUAUUUGAUAGGCAUAUCAGUGAGAUUCUUUACAGAUGGUCUCCGAUCAUAUACAUCAGUACCUUAGUUCUUUAUGGACUGCGAAAUUAAGCUUCUCCCUCAACAAAUCCUGAUUUAGUCUUCGAGUCUAAAGUCAGAGAAUUAAACAUUUUUUAAAAAAGAUUGAUUUAAUUGUAAUAAUGGCAGUCAACAUGUCAGGAUGGAUGGAGUGCUAUUGAAUUGUACAGUAAACCCCAGAAUAUAGGUGUUGUUGCUGCUAAGUUCCCUGGUCUUAGCCAGAACACGAGAUGGAGUACUAUUGUGUACUUGAGCUGGGGAAAAGGAGGAAAUCAUUUAGUCAAUUUGCUCUUUAUCUACUGAUCUCGAUUAAAAUGUUAUGCAUGUGUUGAACAGCACAGCGAUGAGGGUACCUUCUAUAGUUGAUAGUCUUGUAAAUCUCGUUUACCUGGCCUCCCUCUGAGCAUGGUAUCAGAGAGCAGUCAAUAUCUGUGAGACAGUCCCUUGCUUAAGUGUCCGUGCUGUCAGAAGAUGUUAAGAAAGGGCGCGAUGUUUUGCUUCAGUCACCCAUGUUCUUGAUUCAAACUUUGCAAAUCAAAUGAGAAAAUCAAUUUGAUGUUUCUGUAGCAGCCCAAUCUAUCAUUCACUCAACAGACAUUGAAGCAAGGACAUGUACUGUUGAUUAUUUGGAUUUUUGUCUGGGAUUGGCUAGGUUUAAAACAGUGUUUUGAAAGAGGGGUUGAUUGUGUUGAUGUUGAGCCCAGAGCCAAUGGGAGGGGGUAGAGUUAAUCAUGUUGUGAUGACUAGUCAAUAUUCAUCAGAACUCAACAUUUUAAACAUUGACCUUUUUUAUUUAUAAUUGCAAGUUGUACUUUAUUGUUUUUGAACAUAUUAUGUUGUAUUUAAUAUAACCCUGUAAUUGUGCCUUUUCAGAUGGUGUUUGUUUUCUGUGACACAUCACUGUAAUUGCCUCUUGCACUAGCACCAAUUUGGUGACAGUAACAAGUCAGCCAUGACUUCCCACAAGCUGCAGGUUGUGGGGUUGGAGGUGGACACAGAACUGAAUUCUGUCAAUUAAAACAAAACUGGUGGCCCAGUGGUGACCUUUUUUGUUCUUUCUAAAGAGCCUGUCAUUGCUUAAUUAUAAACUGCUUAUAGCUAAAAGUAGCUGCCUUAAGCUAUGUUCAUGAAGCAGGUGUUAAGUCCCAGACAACUGGGCAAUAGGUCACUUCAUGGUUCUAUAGAAUGUGGAAAAGUAAUCUGCUUCAAUCUGGCAAAUUCCAUCAAGCUGAGGCAUUGGUUCAGCUCCAAUUCAGACCAGAUUAAAGCCUCUCCCAGCUUCUAAGUACUGAGGGUGGAACAGAAUGUACUCUGUGUCUGUCAGUCUGUGCUUCCCACACUGUCAGCCAUGUGCUCUCUUGUGGCCCACUUGGUGCCUCUUGGAAGGUGCAGGGGGUUACAUUUGGAUUUCUUGUUCCUUCCCUCCCACCUUCUCCCAGCGCUGCACACAUGCCAAAGUCACCAGGACAAUGAAGAAAACAAUGGCUUGGUCAAUAGACUUCAUCCAAAGUAAUGUCCUUCCAUUUGCAAAAACAAAACCGGUUCACAUUUGUUGUUUCACGGUGAAACUGCGGUGGUAGAAAUUUGUGUUUUGGUCAAACCAAGUAGCGGAUAUUGCAAUAGGAGGUUUCACCUACAUAAUGUAUUCUUCGACCAUUGCAAGAAGUAAUUAGGAGGCACUGAAAGUUUAUUAAAAUAUUGUAAUUUUAGGUGUUCGAGCCAAUAAUGACAGAUGCAGAAUGUCGAGCCCAAAUUUACCUGCAGUGGGUUGAAUGUAGACGUUCUGGAAACAAAGCAUGAACAUUAGAUAAAGAUGCUGCUUUACACCAACCACAAACAGUAGCUGUUUCUGAUGACACACUGUGCUAAAGGUGGGUGUGAUCGCUUUGAAACUGGCCUCAGAUUCUCUCUCCCCUAGGAAGGAGAGUGCAAAUGUUUCUGAAUUGUUACGGUCACAAAGAUGAUGGUUUCCCAAUCCUUUCUUGCUCUGGUUUUAGUUUGGACAGUGUGUGAGAGUUUAGGAGCUUUGCUCUGUUCCAGAAGCUGUUGUUAAAAUUCUGAGCUUGCUUGUCAACUAUCCUCUUUCAAGGUUAGGACAUUGCGAAGGUCCUGGAACACCUGGCAAUCAGCAGUUUGGAGGGUUCAACACUGAUUUAAUUUUAGACUGUUACAUGACUUUUAAAUUAUAUUACAAAUAACUAUUAUGUUAUUUUAGAGUAAAGAUGUUUAAUAAAUAUGUUGAAAUGCUUUUGUGAAUGAGAUUGUUUUCUGUUUUGCACCUACGAUAUUAAAAAGGAAAUGCACAACGAAUUCA